CCAAUAGGCUCGCGGCCGAGUGGGCGAGCCCGGGUGCAGAGAGCCCCCGCCGGGAGGCCGGGGGAAGGAGGGGAAGAUGGCGGAGUGAGGGGCGGAGGAGGCGGAGGGCCCGGGCCGGCCGCGGCCCCGCGGCCUCGGCCGCGCUCAGUGCAGACACGGGAAUGCGCAGAGGGGAUGGCUUCCUAGUUGUUCGACAAAACCAGAAGCUCACUGAAGAGGAUGUGGAAUGAUCAAAACCAAUGCUCUCCAGGUCUGUUUUUCCACAUCUUCAUAAGAAUAAGACUUUUCCAGCAGUCUAAAUUGAUGGUCAACCCAGUGAUCAGCUGCAAUAUUUGAGUGACUCAAGAGAGGUAUCAAUAGUGACAUGUGCUAUAUUUCCAUUUUCAUGGUCUACUCACUGCUUCCAACAUAGGAGCUGGAAAUUGUCACUGGAAGACUGUUUCUGUGCUUGAACAACAGAAUGGUUAAGAUCCUCUCCUGACAUUUAAGAAGGUGGUCCUCUUACUUGCUCAAAGGCUAUAAAAUGUGGAUAUUUCUCUUCUAGCAAGCAAAAUCCGUCCUUCAUUUCCAUGGAGCUGAACGAACAAAGAUCUGUCCAAUUCUGUUUGAAUCAUCUCACCAAACAUUUGAUUCACCAGAUGACUUCUCCCACAGAAGUAGCCCACUGUUUUAUCAAAACUCAAAAGCAGAGUAACAGAAAUCAGCAUUUGUUUUCCUGAAAAAAUGUCUUCUGUGCCAGCUCUUCAUUCAGCUUUCUGCAUUCUGUUUUAAAAUGAAAAAUACUUUGUAAUCAGAUGCAAGUGGAAGCUGGUGUUUUUCACUGAUAUUUCCUUCUUAAUUUUAGGAAGGUUAAGUACUUUGCUGUGUCAGAUUGGAACUCCUGGCAGAUAAAGUGUCUACAUGCAUUGCUGUGUCAGACUGACCUGACAUAUAUGAAAAGUUGCAGCAGGAAAACCAGAAUAUUUUCUGCUCUGACAUGAAGAAGAAACUUACCAAACAACUAGGGGCAUCUCAUACAGGUAUUUUCUAGUCCAGGUCCCAGCUUGACUUUGUAGAUAGGUGUCAACUCACAUAAAGCAGCUAAUGCACAAGAACAAAUACAGAAUCACCUUGUCUAUACUGUGUAUUCCAGUGUGUGAUCAAAAUGUAUAUUUGCGUGUGUGAACUUCUGUAAGUGCAGGAUAUGAAGAGCUUUCACCUGAAGAAGAAAUUACUCUGCAUAAUUUCAUUUUUAGCAAAGAAAAAGGAAGCUUUGAAGGCCACUGGGGUAACAGGAUAAUGACUAGGCUUGCAUUAAAUCAUUCCCUUCCUCAGGCAUUUUAUGAAUCCUUAGCAUCAAAAGGAACAAGACCAUUCUACAGUAAAAGAGAUGGGCGGAACAUCUUUCUUUGUUACAGAAAUUAACUUUGAUGGGAUGGAAGAGACCAGAGCUGUAAAGCUGCAGUUUAUCCACCUGGCUUCCUCAACACAGUUUCAGCUUUUCCUAUUGCUGAUGGAAUAUUGCUUUUUGAUUCUUUCAUGACUGAGAACUGAGAGGACCUGUAUGUUUCCAUCAUCUAGGUAGAAAUAGGCCCAAGAGAAUGGAAUGUUAGCCACAUAAGAGGGGCAGACAAAUUGUUGGAGUCAUUGAAGCAACACUUUGAAGGGACAAAAGAAGAAAGUGAAAAUACGGGUCCUGUAAAGAGUGCAUCUGUUUCCAUUAAAUCGGAUGAACUGAGCAAUCAGGAGGAAACUAUGUCGGAUUCAGUGUGUUUUAUUACAAAAAAACGUGGCAAAGAUAAGAAAAUGACCAGAAAAAAGAGGAACUCCCAUGAGGAAACUAAUACUGGUGAAGAAAACCCAUUGCUUUCUGAUGAGAAUCAGUUGCAGAUGCAUUCUGAAAUGAAGGAAAAUGAAGUGCCUCAAGGUGAGCCCAAAAAGAGACAGAAGGUAUCACAAAACAAAAACCAAGUAACUGAAGAGAGAACCAUUGGGAAUCCAGGGAUGGGCACUGGACAGCAGAAACAAGCAGAGAAGACUUCUACUAAAGGCAGGGAAGAACAACGUACUGCCCAUCCCACAGGAGGGAAGAUCCCUUCCCGUGUAGGCCGUGCAUCCAGGGCUGCAAGAACAGGAGUGACAGCGACCACACCAAACUUUAAAAAGUUGCACGAGGCUCAAUUCAAGAAAAUGGAAUCUAUUGCUGACUACAUUGAGAGGAAAAAAAAACUGAAUGAAAAUUGCAGCGCAGUCAAGGUGCUGACCAGAAAAUCAAAUCCCUUAAGAGCAUCAGAAAAAGACACUCCAUGUUCUAAGAAACGAGGCAGUGGCAAAAGAUUUUUAUUCAGCCCAAAUCCAAAAAGAGGCAGAUUCUCCAACACCUGCACUCCCAGUAACCUGCGGCGCUCACCACGCAAUUCUCUGAAUGCUGCUAAUCGGAGUAUUUUAUCCCAGAAAUCUUCAUUUCAUCCUUCUGUUCUUUCAACAUCCAAAAUGAAUGUCAGGUUCUCAGAGGCCACAAAAGAUAAUGAGCACAAACGCUCUCUUGCCAAGACUCCAUCUAGAAUGUCUCCAUACAUGGAGGAGAUCUGCACACCUGAGGCUCAAAAGAGCUGCAAACCCCUAAGUCAGAAGAACAGUAAGGGAAAUGCAAGAAAUAAUGAUCUGACUACAUCAAAGGUUCUUACCCCCUUCAAGUUUGGCGCUCAAUCUGCAGAACCCACAAGUGCAAAGAAGACAUUUGAUCUCAAAGCAAGUCUCUCUCGGCCACUUCGCUACCAGCCCCACAAAGGACGACUAAAACCAUGGGGAGAAUUUAAAGAAAAUGCUGUUCUCAGUAAGUCUGGUGGCAGCAAUAUCUGCUCACAUAAGAAAUAUUACAAACAGCCACAUCUCCAGACAAGGGAAGAAAGGCGUGAGAUACUUGAGCAAGACAGAAAAAAGAAAAAGGAUCACACUCUUGGAAGACGUAGAGGCCUCUCUGCGUGUUAGGACAAAUAAGUGUCCAAGACAUCACUGUAAAUAUGUUCCUCUCAUGUAAAGGCUUGUGCUGUCUGUGUAUGGUUCAGGUUGCUAUUAGCUAGUGGAAUCCAGAGAGCAACUAAUGAGACCUUGUAAUGGGCCCUGUUUUUGUAAUCAGUUUCUCCAGUGAGAUGAGAUUUCUAAACUUUCAGAGGCUUAGAACUCUUGUUGCUUCAUAAUAUUUUCAUUUAACUAACUUACUUGACUAAAAGAUGUUAAGAAAAUAUAAGUGGAAAAAAGAUGCUCAAGAAGCCUCCUUGCAACUUAGGAUAGACUUGUGCAUCAGAAUGCACUUGUUGCAUGCUAGAAUGCAGCUUUGGAUAGCAAGCUUCAAAGUUGGAAGUACCUGCUUGCCCUGUUCUCCAGUUCAAGCCUUAAAUUCUCUAAGUUACAGCAAUUAUUCAGCAUUUCUAGUUGCAUCCUUAUGAAGUAGAGUUUCAAGGAGAAGAAAAAAUAUGCAAGCUCUCUGGAAAACUAAUGCAUACCAUAAUUGUAAACUGAACUUUCUAAAGAAACUCUCUUGCUUUUCAUCUCUAAGAUGUUUAAAAGAGGUUAUAAUAGUGUUGAGGCACAUUCAAUACCUUUGUUUUAAAAGCUGUUAUUUUUACAUUAAAAAAUACAUAGAAAAGUUGUCUGGAUUUGUUAAGGGUAGAAGUAGAAAGGUAAUUUAGCAGUUGUAAUCUAGAUGUAAAAGCAAUUUUUUUAAUAAAUUUAAUGGGGAAGUAUUUUGUAUAUGUCCUGUUUAUCACUGGCCUUAUCAUUUAAUACAGUGCACAGAACUGC